CACAGCCGUGUGAGGUCUCUCGGCGGUAAUGGCAGCCGGGCUAAAAGAUUAGUCGCGAGCACAGGCGAGCUGGGGUGGCGCGCGUCCGUGCGCGUGCCUGCUAGCUUACAGGACCUCUCUCUCUCGCGCGCGCUCUCUCUCCUCCUCCGUAUACAUACACAUAGCGCGAAGGGGGAGGGGAAACGCUGACAGCAUUAUGUCGAGCCAGGCCUGGGCCGCCGUCUCCGCGCCAGACACAGCCCUGAGCCCUAAUCUUUCUCUGGCAACGGCGGCCGCUGCAGAUAUGGCUGAGGCCUCCUCGCCGGCCUUCAGUUCUACCUUGGACGCCAGCAGGGUUCCUUUGCCGCUCAUUGAAUCAGAAUUAUACUUCCUCAUAGCUCGUUUCUUGACCACCGGGCCUUGCAGGAGAGCGGCAGAGGUGCUGGUGCAAGAACUGGAACAGUACCAGUUACUUCCUAGAAGAUUGGAUUGGGAAGGAAAAGAGCAUUGCAGAAGUUAUGAAAACUUGGUCUUAUCUAACAAACAUGUGGCUCCAGAUCACUUGCUACAGAUCUGCAAACGGAUUGGCCCUAUACUGGAUAAGGAGAUUCCACCCAGCAUUCCGAGAGUGAAUUCACUGCUGGGUGCAGGCAAGCAGUCCUUGCUCCGUACAGCAAAAGAUUGCAGAAAUGCAGUAUGGAAGGGCUCAGUCAUUGCUGCCCUUCAUAGAGGAAGACCCCCUGAAAUGCCUGUUAACUGUGGUAGACCACCAAAUCUGGUGGAAAUAAAUUACGUGAAACAGUUGACUGGCUGUACAAGAUCCAGUUCUUCAUUCCCAGGAAACAUGUAUCAACAUACAAAGAUGCAUAGACGGAUUCUUGGUCAUCUAUCUGCAGUUUACUGUGUGGCAUUUGAUAGGACUGGACACAGGAUAUUUACGGGGUCAGAUGACUGCUUGGUAAAAAUUUGGUCCACACACAGUGGCCGGUUACUUGCUACACUCAGAGGCCAUUCAGCAGAGAUCUCCGACAUGGCUGUGAAUUAUGAAAAUACAUUGAUUGCUGCUGGCAGUUGUGAUAAAAUUAUCAGGGUCUGGUGCCUCAGAACAUGUGCUCCAAUUGCUGUUUUACAAGGACAUACAGGAUCAAUUACAUCUUUACAGUUUAGCCCAUUGGUCAAAGACUCCAUGCGAUACAUGGCUUCUACAGGUGCAGAUGGAACCAUUUGCUUCUGGCAGUGGGAUACCAAUUCUGUUAAAUUCAAUAACCGGCCACUGAAAUUCACAGAAAAGCCUAGACCUGGAGUUCAGAUGCUUUGCUCUUCAUUUAGCGUUGGUGGGAUGUUCUUAGCAACUGGCAGUACUGAUCAUGUUAUCAGAAUGUAUUAUUUUGGUUCUGAAACACCUGAAAAAGUUGCAGAGCUAGAAAGCCAUAUUGACAAAGUUGACAGCAUUCAGUUUUCUAAUAGCGAUGAUAGGUUGAAGGCACCUAUCUUCUUUCACAGCAAGAACCUAUUGUUGCUGUGUUGCUUGUCUGACAGGUUCAUAAGUGGCAGCAGAGAUGGAACAGCUCGAAUCUGGCGAUUCCAGCAAACUGAAUGGAAGAGUAUUUUGUUGGACAUGGCUGCCAAAUUACCUGGCUGUUUGUGCUCAGAAGAGGACAAAUUUAUGAAGCCCAAAGUGACCAUGAUCGCUUGGAGUAAAAAUGACAGCUUGGUGGUUACUGCUGUGAACAAUCAUCUGCUGAAAGUAUGGAAUUCUUAUACCGGACAGCUCCUUCAUGAUCUUGCAGGACAUGCAGAUGAAGUAUUCGUUUUGGAACCUCAUCCAUUUGAUUCCAGGAUUAUGUUGUCUGCAGGCCAUGAUGGUAAUAUCUUUAUCUGGGAUAUAACAAAAGGCAUUCAAAUGAAACAUUAUUUUAACAUGAUUGAAGGACAAGGGCAUGGUGCUGUCUUUGACUGCAAGUUUUCAUCAGACGGGCAACACUUUGCCUGUACAGAUUCUCAUGGACAUCUCUUGAUAUUUGGCUUUGGUUGUAACAAACCUUAUGAAAAGAUUCCCGAUCAGAUGUUCUUCCACACUGAUUAUCGACCACUGAUUCGAGAUUCUAACAAUUAUGUCCUAGAUGAGCAGACUCAACAGGCCCCUCAUCUCAUGCCCCCACCAUUCUUAGUAGAUGUAGAUGGAAACCCUCAUCCAACAAAAUACCAGCGGCUGGUGCCAGGGCGAGAGAAUUGUGCAGAUGAACAUCUCAUUCCUCAGUUGGGAUACAUAGCAACAAGUGAUGGAGAGGUUGUGGAGCAAGUAAUAGGUCAGCAAACGGCUGAGCAGGAUGAACAAGGUCUAGAGCCCAACAUACUUGAUGGUAUGAUUAGACAAUUACAGCAACAGCAAGACCAAAGAACUGGCACUGAUCAAGACGUUCUUCCACAUGGACCACAAAACGGAGAAGAAAUGCCUAGAAGCGGCUUCCGGAGGCCAAGCUCAGAUAUCCAGUCCCCUCCAAAUAUUGGCCUGCGCCGUAGUGGUCAAGUUGAAGGUGUGCGUCAAAUGCAUCAGAAUGCUCCAAGGAGUCAGAUUGCCACAGAGAGAGAUCUCCAGGCUUGGCGACGGAGAGUAGUUGUUCCAGAAGUAACAGCCAGUAUAUUCAGAAAUCAGGAGGAGUAUAGGAUUGCUAAAGGAGAAGAGGAGAUAUGGCUGUAUACAAUAGAGCAGAAAAGGAAGUUGUUUCAGUCUUCAGAAAAGAGUGACUCUGAAGAUUCACUGAUACAGUCCAAGAGGAGGCUUCAUAGACGUAAAUAUGCAACUUAUCAAGCACGGAAUAAUAUUGGCGAAUCUGAUUCUUCUAGUGAAGAUGUGGACGACUGUUUUGGAUUUCUAGAACAGGAAGCAGAAGAAAGUGAUGGAUUGAGUUUGUCUUCCCAUGAGGAAGACUGGAAGAGUGACAGGAAAACCAACAGUAAUUGUUCCAGUGACUCCUCAAGCCAGUAUUCUGACUGGAUAGCUGAUGCAGGCAUUAAUCUACAGCCUCCUGUAAGAACUUCUCGGCGCAAAACUAUUAGAUAUUGUAGUUCUUCUGAAGAUGAAGUAUCAUUAGAAAAAAUUUAUCCACCAAAGAGAAGGAAAAAAAGACGGAAAAAAUACAAACCAAAAAGGCAUGAGGAGGAUAUGCAGAUGAAUUCUUCACAACAGCAAGAAAAUCUAGAACUGUCCUGUGACUUCCAGCCUCCUGAUUGGAUAACAGAUAUAAGACUCAGAAGGUCUCCUUUUGUUCCUCAAAUGGGCGAUGAGGUGAUAUAUUUUCGACAAGGUCAUGAAGCUUAUAUUGAAGCAGUGAGGAAAAACAAUAUUUAUGAAUUGAAUCCUCACAAAGAACCGUGGAGAAAAAUGAUUCUUAGGGAGCAAGAAUUGGUAAAAAUCGUUGGGAUACGUUACGAAGUUGGCCCUCCUACACUAUGUUGUCUUAAGCUUACUCUUAUGGAUCAUAUUACAGGACAGCUCCAGGACAAAUCCUUCUCUCUCAAAUAUCAUGAUAUGCCAGAUGUUAUUGACUUCCUUGUGUUACGUCAGUUUUAUGAUGAAGCACGACAAAGAAACUGGCAACCUUAUGACCGCUUUCGUUCAAUCAUUGAUGAUGCUUGGUGGUUUGGAACUGUUCUGAGCCAAGAGCCAUAUCAACCACAAUAUCCAGACAGCCCUUUUCAGUGUUAUAGUGUUAAGUGGGAUAAUGGUGAAAUUGAGAGACUUAGCCCAUGGGACAUGGAACCAAUUCCAGAAAAUGUUGAUCAGCCUGAGGAAUUAGGAGCUAGUGUUUCUGUGACUGCUGAAGAAAUGACAAAACUAUUGUACAAACCUCAAAAGGGAGAAUGGCAGGGGAAAUCCCAGGAGGAAGAAUGUGAACGGAUUAUCAGUGGAAUUGAUCAAUUGCUGAGACUUGAUAUUUCAGCUGCAUUUGCUGGACCAGUUGAUCUGAAUACGUAUCCAAAGUACAGUACAGUAGUAGCUUAUCCAACAGACCUUUGGACUAUUCGGACAAGACUAGUCAACCAGUUUUACAGGAGACUCUCUGCAUUGAUUUGGGAAGUAAGAUGUAUCGAGAGCAAUGCCAGGACCUUCAAUGAACCAAACAGCACUAUUGCUAGAUCUGCUCAGAAAAUCACAGAUCAGCUCUUAGAGUUCAUCAGGAAUCCUAAUUAUACAGAGUUUUUUGAGCUGUGCAAUGCUACAAACAACGAGGACAGCAUAGAUGCUGAUGAUCUGGCUGAUGAAGAGGCCUAUGUACCAAGAGCAUCUUCCAGAAAAAGACAGGCCUUGAAGAGGAAAACCACAGUGAAACUCAGUUAUGAUGAAAAUAGUUGGAAGAAGCAGUGUAUGGAACUUGUAAAUUUAAUUUUCCAGUGUGAGGAUUCUGAGCCAUUUAGACAACCAGUUGACCUGGAUCAGUACCCUGACUACAGGGAGAUUAUAGACACACCAAUGGACUUGGGUACAGUGAAGGAGACGCUAGAAGCUGGAAACUAUGAUACACCAAUGGAACUGUGCAAAGAUAUCAGAUUAAUAUUUGGCAAUGCUAAAUCAUAUACCCCAAACAAAAGGUCCAAGAUAUAUAGUAUGACACUGAGGUUAUCUGCACUAUUUGAGGAAAAAAUGAGAAGAAUAAUCUUUGACUUUAGAACUGGACAAAAACAAAAUGAAAGGUUACAGAGAAGCCAGAGAUACAAUAAGAAGUUACAAAGUCGAAGUAAAUCUGAACAUCACUUUACUAAAACACUCAGAAAUACAAAGCAGAAGCAAUGUAAAUCUCAGGCAAAAAAUCAGUCUGAGCCAGAAGAUUCCUCUAACCAAAAUACCUCAAGCCGAACUUCCUGUAUUACAAGCCAUAAAAUGUAUACUAGCAGCUCCAGUCGUAGUAUUCCUGGCAUAUCUUCUGACUCCACCUCUGCAUCAUCUUUUGGGGGAAAAGGUCGAACAAGAAAUGCAGCUGUAGCACAUAGUUCUACAUUGUCAUCAGAAAGUGAGCUGGAACACUCAACAGCUUCAUCUUCAAGUAGUUCAGAGGAAAGCAAGGAACGCUCUUCAGCUCUCUUAUCUCCUUUAUUACAUAAUGGAACAUCCAGGGGGAAAAGUAGUAACUUCCGGGUUACUCGGAACAGAAUCUAUCAGCAAAAGCAAAUAGCUUCUCAAGUGAAUGGAAAUAGCCAGAGAGCUACCAAAAGAAGACUAUAUGAGAGAGAUGCUGAUAAUUCAAAAGAGUCUCAUGAAACUUUAAGUAACAGACAUGGACGGCACAGAAAAAUUCCACGCAGAAGUGCCACUGUGGCAGCUAAUAAAUUAAGAUUAAUGAGUGAUGUAGAGGAGGAGCUCUCCAGCUCAGAGAGUAUUGGUAUUGGAAGCAAAAACAGAAAACUGCCUCAUCGCAAUGCUUCUGCUGCAGCCAGAAAAAUAUUGCUAAACAACACUGAGGAAGAGAGUUCUAUGCAGUCUGAAAGUGACAAAGAAGUAGAACGCUAUAACAAAAGGAAAACCUCUGAAGUUGGUUCACCUCCUGUUGCUGUUAGAAAAAGACAUGUUAGUGAAUCUGAAAGUGGAAGUUCAAAUUCUGAACAUAGCAUGCAAAAAAUGCUAAAGAACUGUCAUGUAAAUGGCCAUAAGCAGCCACACAGAACUACCCACUGUACACGUCCAAAAAUAAGGUCCACUGAUGAAUUUUCAGAAGGAGAUUCCAAAAGCCAUGUGUCAGAGGAUGAGAAUGUUAAAAAAGCUUCAUAUCAAUUGUCUUCUGCACAAAAAAAUAAUCCCAGGAGCAACUCUGAGGAAGAUUCUGAGCCAAAGAGAUGCAAUGGCUUAGCAAAACCAGCUAGUAAAAAGGCAUCAGCUCACUUCAGGAAAGCAAAAGUUUUGAGUGACUCAGAAGAAACAACAGAGUCUGAGAGAGAGGAUGAGAGAGCUUCAUUUUCAGAGAACAGAGGCUUUUCGGAGACAUCAAGACAACCCAACAAUAGCUCUAAGUGUUCGUCGAAUGAAUGUGAAACAGACUCUGAUAGUAGUAACUACAGUGAUGCAACAAAAAAAAGGGGAAAGAGACCCAUCAGGAAAGAAUGCAUAAUAAAAGAGAAUGGACGUAGACGAUCUGUGAGAAAAAGGCCAUGUAGAAGUGACUCUCAAAAAGAAGAGAGUGUUUAUAAAAUACAAGAUGGUGAGCAUCAUAGUUACCGAAGACUACCAUGCAGAAGUGCUACUGUUGCAGUUAAUAAAUUGAAACUCAUGAGUAAUGAAGACCUUUUCAACUCAGAAGCCAGAGGCUGUGGGAGCGAGAAUGAAAAACUGCCACAUCACAGUGUUGUAUCCACAGUUAGAAAGAGGUUAGACAGUUCAGAUGAUGGAGUCCCGCAGGCUAGUGAAGAAAUAAAAGGACAGCAUAACAGAAGAAAACUCACUCAGGUUGAUUCAGCUGCUACUUCUGCUAAGAGAUAUGAGAGCACAUCUGAAAAUAAAAGUUCAGAUUCUGAUAAUGCUACAAGAAAUAACAGGCACAUCAAAAUCCAUAGGCACCAGCAUAGCAUUACUGACAAUGAAUCCACUAAGAUGAAAUCCAAAGUGGAAUUUUCAGAGAAAAACUCUAGAUACCACACACAAGAUCGAAGUUAUAAUGAAGUUUCCACAUGUAUGGUUCCCACACGUAUGAACAAUACUAUAACCACUUCUGAAUCUGAAGAAGAUUCAGAGUUGGACAAAUACCAUAAUAAAGUAAAGAAGAAGCAGAAUCAUCAGAAGACUAAGGCUUUUUCUGCUACAUCCAAAGCCAAAAAUCACAUCAAAACCACAAGAGAAUGUGAUGUAGAACAUAAUGAAGAUGGAACAGACUCUCUUCCAGACAGCAAGGACUUUUCAAAAAGGCUAAAAUCUGGAUGCACAACAGACUCCAGCAGCUCUUCUGACUUGGAAACUGAUUCCAAUGGUUGUAACCAUGGUGAUGCUAGAACACAACACAGAAAAAAGAGAGGAAAAGCAGAAGUCAUUAGGAAAGAAUCAACUCCACAAGAGAUGAGACAAAGUUCAAUAGUACUCAGGAACAGGAAAAACUGCACAAAGUAUGCAGAUUUUGAUAGUGAAGCAAUGCAUAUCAGCACUCUUAAUGGAAGAAAGAUUCCACGUCGAAGUGCUGCUGUGGCAGCAAAUAAAAUUAAGCUCAUUAGUGAUGCAAAGGGAGAACUCUCAAGUCCAGAAGUUAGGUCUAUGAAAAACAAGAACAGGAAAAUGCCACACCGUAACGCCUCUGCUGCAGCCAGAAAAAUUAUAUUGGAAGAUUCACCUUCACCUUCUGAAAAUGAAAUGGAACUAAAAGAAUGUGAGAUCAAAGAAAAGCAAUUUCAGACCUGUUCUUACACAGCUAAAAAAUCCACUAGAGAACCAGAACAGAAACAUUUGGACUCUGAAAAAGGGAAUGUUGGGAAACAAAAGAGCAGACACAGCAAUGCCUCAAGAAAGCAUUCUCUCAGAACCAUGGGUAGUGCAUUUCCUAAAAGGAAAAAACGUGCAGUGGAAUUUUCUGAAGAAGAAUCUUCCAAUAGUCUAACGUUUGAGGAUCAGAGAGAUUUGAUCCAAUCACUGUCUCCAGUUAACCAUAAUAUAGCAAGUAACUCUACAGCAAAUUCUGAAUCGGAAAAAGGGUAUGAUUGUAAAAAUGUAAAGAGCAAAUCAGAAGCUGCAAAAGAGAGAGGUCGAGGAACAAGUGCUUUGUCUAAAAACAGGAGACCUGGGACGUCAAGGAGCUCAAAAUCUGAACCUGAUGGCAGUUGCAGUUCUUCUGAUUUAGAAUCUCAGUCAGAUUCCCAAAAUAUUAAUAGUGAAGACAGAAAGACACAAAAGCGGAAAAGGAAAUCUUUUCAAAGUAAAACUUUCAGUGAUGGUUUAUCUGAAUCUUCCAGAACACGCCAGAGAAGGAAACGUCCCAAAGUGAAGGAAGAGAAUGAUUCUGAGGAAUUGGAUUACACAAAGUAUAAAAGAGUGAAUCGACGUUCCAAAAUAAGAACUAGAAAUGGGGGCAAGAGGACUGUAAGAUAUGCAGAUGAUGAAGAUGAUUGUGAAAUGUAAAUGUGACAGGAAGAUCUAGCCCUGUUCCUUUUUUCUAGUGAUCUUGACAGAUGUUGGAUCUUCUCUUCCUAUAAUUCAGGGAAUAUAUUUAUAUUUUUCUAUGAAAAAGUUAAAUAUGGAGACUCCUUUUCAUAAUACGACUUGCACUUGUCUGCCUGUAUAGCAGCAUUUAGCACAUAUGCCAAAAUGUGCCUCAUUAUAGGGGCAAAUGUUGUCUUUACUGGUAUUUGCUAAAAAGAGAAAGCGGGGUGGGGGAAUAAAACAUUAGGCAACAGCUUAAAAGCUGUAUGUUUAAAGAGUAUUAAUGGUGCUGCAAAGAGACACUACCUAUGUCCUACUACAUUCAUGUGUUCAAGAACAGAUGCAUUUCACACCUCUGUGUUUGAGAUUUCAUAUAUCACUAACAGACUAGUAUCUAAUACUAUACUUUAUGAACAAAAGUGGUUACUGAUCUUAAAGAACAUCAAAUAUAAAGGAUUACCAUGCAAAUCUGUAACUUGUUAAAAUGAGCGGUGCUACCAAUUUCUGAAAUACACAGCUUGAAAUAAUUGGUAAUAAAGAAUAUAUUUACCAAUUUUAUAAAUAUGUGGAUAAAGAGUUUUGCUAUUGAAUAUAACAUUUUACUAUGUGGCUUUCAUGCUGUAAAUUUGAGACCAUUAGAAACAGGUGAUCACUUGAGCCUAAGAUUUAUUUGUGUGGACAUUUUGUUACAAAAAAGCAAAGCUACAAGUAAAACUUGUGCUUCAUGUGUUUUUCUUCAAAAUAAAUUAAAACUUUCUAAUGCUCAGACUGCUAGUAUUGAAGGUGUUUUGAUAAAGUUCAAUGCCUGCCUCAUUCCUUAAAAUUUACUUAUUUAUAAACUAGAUUUUUGGUGCACUGAAACUACACCACCUCCUGAUUUAUCUAAGUAUAGCACCUUCACGCUGGCAAUGUUUAGGUCAGCUUUGUUGAAAACACAAAGGAAUUUCACUUCAUUAUUGCAUAUCAACAAUGAGAAAUACGUAAUUUAAUUUAUCCUGUGGGCCUCCUGAAAUUUUUUUUUCUUUUCUUGAGAACUAUUCAUUCAGGUUUGGUGUGUAUGUUUUUUAAACUGAUCUCUAAUUUAAAACAUUGCUUUUUUGUCUUCCACUUCUUGACUUCUUAAGAAAAAAAUCCCAGUAACAUGGUUUCUGUCUAUUGGUAAGAAUGCUAGUGAUCAAAGUUGUUUAUUUUUGUAUGUUGAAUUAGAUAAUGUGCUUGACUCUGAUACAUUUGCACAUUUCUGUAUUUAAAAUGAAGCUGAAUUGGACUAGAUUUGUUUGUAUAGGAGCUUUGGAAGUGUAAUUUUGUUUCUGAAGUAAACAAUGGUGAAAUGAUAAAGGGA